AUGGAGAACAAAACAAUGGAGACAGAUUCAAGUGAAACGAAGAAGGUCAAAAAGAGCUUUCUGGUCGAUGAAAAUCCAUUUGACGAAUUGUUUAAAGUGCUCGAUUCUACAACGAGUACUCCGUCAAGCACACUAAGAAAGUUCUCCUCGAGAAAUUUGCCGGAUAGUUUUCAUCGGCAGCGAGUUUUCAAUCCAAAGCGCGAGGAGAGGAUCCGCCAGGCUCAGCGAGGCCACUUCAAAUCUCUUCGAAAUCGUCACGAUACUCACGUCAGAUCGAAAUCGGAGCCAAUAAAAGUUGUCACUGGGCCGCAAAAUGCAGGCAUCAAGUCAAGAAUUCCCGAAGCAAGAGCAUCACUGAAGAAAAUUGUCUCAGAUUCGACAAAUCAGGCUUAUGCUCGACGAUUGAGCUUCAAAACUCAAGACAUUCCACUGGACCGAAUUCCUCUCCCAAAACACUGGCUCAAGAAAGUACUCGUUAUCGAUGAUGUCGUUGAGAUUUACUUUCACAACACUCAAAGCAAUCUCAACACGCGAAACGACCCUCGAGUGCCGAUCAAAGAGCAUUUGGAGGAGCUACACGUGACCCUGACUGCGCAAAUGAUCUCGAUGAUAAACAACUCGUUGGGAGCGGAAAAAGAGUCGGGGAGGAAUAAGCAAGCCGACCUUCCGCAUGGCUGUCGAUGGCAGAUCACCGAGAAGGGGGAAGUGUUUUUCGCUAACGACCUCUCUCGCAAAACGAGCUGGUUGCAUCCGCGCGUCGAGAGUCAGCUCUUGCACCAAAAACUCCCGCCGCUUGUGCAAACAAGCUCUGCUUUUCCAAGUUCGGAUAAAGUGGCAGAUACGACGAACCGCCAAGUUUCCAAAAGCCUUCCCAUCGUCUCAACUGUGUCAACAACUAUCAAUUCUAAUUCCGGGUCGGGCCAAAUCCCUGCGCAUUUCAAACAGUUCUCAAUGGAUUCCGGAGUUGGAUCAACUUGUUCCGUUCAUCCGACUGGCAUUUACGUCAAAAAUAUUCCUCUGGAGACAAAUCAGACAACGACGAUUCUUCCAGCGCGAUCAGCAGAAGUUGUGACGCCUAGUAAAGAAAUAAUGGAGACGGACUUUGGUCCGAGUCUCUUAAAAUCACCAGGCAUGCAAUCGAUGCAGUCGCAGUCCCAGGAAUAUGUUGUGUUAGAAGAAAUUCCAACAACAAGCACUUUGACCGUCAAAACCCUGGAGCCUGCAGAAAGCCAAAUAACAAAAGAAGUGAAAAAUGUUUCCUUGGCAAAUGAUCUCGAUUUCCUCGACGAGUUCGACACCUGUUUGAAAAACAAUGGCACCGAUGAUGAUGUUUUGUCGAACAACGACUCGUUUAUAAAUAGCUUGCUCAAUGAUAAAUUUCUCUUUUUGUAG